UACAGCUACCUCCAUUCGGCAUGCGCACUUCAUUACCGCAUACUUUUGAUCCAAAACUGACAACAGUUGAUGUUUGUAUUAAUGUAAGGUUAGGGAUAGGGUUGGGGUACGUGCAGGCGUCAGCUAAUGUAAUUUCUUAGAAUAUUAUGGCGAGAUUUUGAAUCACUUCCGGCCGAAGUUUUAGGUGAAGCUCACUUUGCCAGUCAGAUAGGGGCGAAACUCACAAUGGCCUCAUUAUUUGUUCUUCACUGAAGACUUUUGUAUACGUCAUAUGAGGAAUUUCUUCUCUUAUCAGUGUGCGACCAAGCCCCACUUAACAUCAAAAUUGUUAAAGGGCAGGGUGCAACUUCAGGCUCAAAUAGUUGACAGUGAAGGACACAAGACAGGGAUAACACACCAGAAGAUGAAGUGUUGCAACGUUCUGUGUUGGGUUGCUGGGGCCAUACUUCUUAAUAUAGCAGGCUCACUUUGUCAGGCAAAUGUGUGCGGCCAGGCCCCACUUAACACCAAAAUUGUCGGAGGACAGGAUGCAACUUUAGGCUCUUGGCCCUGGCAAGUAAGCAUAACCACCUCCAGUGCAGGUCAUUUCUGUGGCGGGGGCCUAAUCAGUAAAAACUGGGUUUUGUCAGCAGCUCACUGCUUUAAGAGCACUAUUGCGAGUUCCAUCAUACUGUACUUUGGACGUCAAAGCCUAACAGGUCCGAACCCAAAUCAAGUGAGCCGCGAAGUGAAACAAGUUAUCAAACAUCCUUCCUAUAACGAGUCUACGGAAAACAACGACAUAGCUCUACUCGAGCUCUCGAGCCCUGUGGAGUUCACAGAUUAUAUUAGGCCGAUUUGCCUGGCGGCUACAGGUAGCACAUUUGGAGGGGGUACUACGAGUUGGAUCGCAGGAUGGGGGAAACUUACAGCUAAUUCCAACCAACUCCCUGACAUCCUGCAGGAAGUGGAGAUACCAAUCGUGAAUGACACUGCUUGCAAAGAUGUUUAUGGAUCAAGUGUUGUCACAGACAAUAUGAUAUGUGCUGGAUUAUUAAAUCAGGGAGGGAAAGAUUCAUGUCAGGGUGAUUCUGGAGGGCCAUUAGUCAGUAAGAAGGACGCCCAGUGGGUUCAGUCUGGAAUUGUGAGUUGGGGUCAAGGCUGUGCCGAACCUGGCUUUCCCGGUAUAUAUGCAAAAGUGUCUCGCUACCAGAACUGGAUCACAUCUUACACAAGCAGUGACCCGCCUGGAUUUGUUCUAUUCAUCUCCGAAGACACCACCUUAAACAGCGGCUCACCCGAGCGCUUCGUAUUCACUCUGUCUCUCACAUAUUCAUUGAUUCCACUCAUUUUCUCCCUCAGAACUCUGCGUGUUGUGGUUACAAUACUUCUUAACAUAGCAGGCUGUCUCUGUCAGUUAGAUGUGUGUGGCCAAGCCCUAUUCAACACUAAGAUUGUUGGAGGGGCCGAUGCUACUAAAGGGUCUUGGCCCUGGCAAGUUAGUAUUCAGACAACUGAUGGAUCUCAUUUCUGUGGUGGAAGUCUCAUCACUAAAGACUGGGUUUUAUCAGCAGCCCACUGCUUUCAGAGAACCCUUGCAUCUAAUAUUGACGUCUCUUUUGGAGGUCACACCUUGUCAGACUUAACUGUGAUGAAAGUAGCUGAAAUCAUCAGUCAUACCGGCUAUACAAAUAACCAAAGGGACAACGACAUAGCUCUACUUAAGCUCUCUUCUUCUGUGACAUUCAAUAAUUAUAUUCGGCCGGUCUGUCUGGCGGCUGAGGGCAGCACAUUUGGUGUGGGUACUAUGAGCUGGAUCACAGGAUGGGGGCGACUCAAUUUCGACGACACCCAGCUUCCAAAAACACUGCAGGAAGUGCAGAUACCAAUUGUGAGCAACACUGACUGUAACAAAGCUUAUGAUGGUAUUAUUACAAGCAACAUGAUUUGUGCUGGUCUUACCACAGGGGGCAAAGACUCGUGCCAGGGAGAUUCUGGAGGUCCAAUGGUCUUUCAGAACGACACCCUGUGGGUUCAGUCAGGGAUUGUGAGUUUCGGUCGUGAGUGCGCCAUUGCCGGCUUUCCUGGUGUGUACGCCAGGGUGUCCCAAUAUCAGUCUUGGAUCAUCUCUCACAUAAGCAGUGAUCAGCCUGGAUUUGUCCAAGUUAACUCCAGUAGUUCAUUUUACACUCUUUUGUCUUCUGUUUCUCGCACAUUCUUCAUCAUCGCCCUCAUCUUUGGUACCGAUUAAUGCUUUGGUAUUGUUAAUAUAACUUUUGAUUUAUUAUUAUUUUGUUUAAUCACAAUUAUAUUUGAAUUAUUAAGAGCUUUAGUAGGCAGUAGUACAAAAAAAAUCCAAAUGUAAAGUAGUCACCUAUGCACCUACAUAUUUGACAGCCUUGCCAAAUAAGAGGAUGUGAAAUUUAUUGUUUACAAUUAAUGUGAUAAAAAUCAUUUCUACCUUGAAAUUCU